CUUUGACAACAGUUACUGGAGUCAAAACGAGUCUUUCUUGAUUCGAGGGCAAAGUCAUGCCCACUGACCCACAUGAGCUUCCUUUGACGUCUCCCAUGAAUGGCUGGGUCGCAAAGGCUGAGCUGCAAUAUCAAGACGACUCGAGCUCUCAAGGCACACAACCAGAGCUCUGCGAGGCGCAACUUAACCUCCACAGAAACCUCAAACACAAUCACCCGGCACUGCCAUUGUCGGAAUCAUACAAACCUGUCCCCGGACAACUGCUGGACAGUGACAGCACAGGACCGCCCCGCCCACUCCGGCGCCGGCUGCCGACUCGGAGCUGUCGGCUGCCCUGCUCGGCCACCGAGAUAGUAACCAGUCCUCGCCGCCCUGGUCAUCUACCACACAAAGUAUUCCCUGGGAGGCAUUCGACCAUCGUGUGGAGAUUCCACCAAGUCAAGUAUAGCAGCCAUGGCUUUGUCCAAGCCGCCGCUGUGGGUGUGCACCGCCUGUCGCCAGACCACCACCACCACCACCAGGCCACUGGCCACACGCAGAGUCAUCCACGGCCACACCAGCUUCGCCCGCCUCGCCUCCGGCUCACCAGCAGCUUCGGUAUCCGGAGCCGCCCGCGAUGCAAGACCGUUCCGCAUGGCCGUCGUCGGCUCCGGCCCGGCAGGCUUCUACACGACAUACCGGGUCAUGUCCAAGAUCCCGCAGGCCAAGGUCGACAUGUACGAGGCGCUGCCUGUCCCCUACGGCCUCGUCCGCUUCGGCGUCGCCCCGGACCACCCGGAGGUCAAGAACUGCCGCGACAAGUUUGAAGAGGUCGCCGCCUCGCCAGGCUUCACCUUUAUAGGCAAUGCCGCGAUCGGCGGCGGCACCGCCGAGGACGGCUCCCCGCAGCAGCCCACCAACAGUUUCCCCCAGAGCGUCAACAUCCCGCUGGGCCGGCUGAUGGCGCACUACGACGCCGUGGUGUUCGCCUACGGCGCGAGCCGGGACAAGAAGCUCGGCGUGGCCGACGAGGACUCGCUGCGCAACAUCUUCAGCGCCCGCGAGUUCGUGGGCUGGUACAACGGCCUGCCCGAGUACGCGGACCUGGACCCGGACCUGACGCUCGGCGACGAGGCCGUCAUCGUGGGCCAGGGCAACGUGGCGCUCGACUGCGCCCGCAUGCUGCUCGAGAACGUCGACGUGCUGCGCCGGACCGACAUCACCGAGGCGGCGGUCGAGCGGCUGCGCGCGAGCCGGAUCCGCCGCGUGCGCGUCGUCGGCCGCAGGGGGCCCAUGCAGGUCGCCUUCACCAUCAAGGAGGCCCGCGAGCUCAUGAAGCUCCGCGACGUCGGCUUCCACCCGGUGGACAUGGACCUCGUCCCGGACGAGAUCUCGAAGCUGCCCCGCGCCAGGAAGAGGCUCAUGGAGGUCCUGGUCAGGGGCUCCACGACCAGCGUGGACGACGCGAGCCGCUCGUGGUCCCUCGACUUUGCGCUCACGCCGACAAGGCUGCAAGGGGACGCCCACGGGAACGUGCAGAGCAUGUGGUUCGAGCGGAACCGGCUGUCAUCCAUCUCUGACCCGGAUGCUACCGUGCUGAGGCACGAUCCAACGGCAGGUGGCGAUGCAUCCCGGCCAGAACAGGUGCAGUUCGGGGCUUCCAUGGUCCUGCGGUCCAUCGGGUACAAGUCCCUUGCCCUGCCCGGGUUCGCAGAGCGCGGGAUCCUGUUCGACGACCGCAGAGGUGUGAUCAGGAACGACGGCUUUGGUAGAGUAUUCCAGCAGCAGCUGCAGCAACAACACGAUGGAGCGGCGACAGAGCAGCCAAAGCACAAGCCCGGUGUCUACUGUGCAGGCUGGGUCAAGCGCGGACCGACGGGCGUCAUUGCGUCGACAAUGGACGACGCCUUUACGACCGCAGACGUCAUCGCCGAGGACUGGUACCGCGGCGCGCCCUUCAUGCAGGAGGACAGGUCAGCGUCGGCACAAGCCGAGGACUCUGCUGGAUGGGAUGCGUUGAAGCGCGAGGUCGAUGGCGGCGGCGCGGCGAGGGUCGUCGACUGGCAGGCUUGGCAGCGCAUCGAUGAGGCGGAGAAGAAGAGGGGCGAGGUCGUUGGCAAGGAGAGGGAGAAGUUUACCAGGACUGCGGACAUGUUGGCUGCCGCUGGGUUAUAAAGAAUUUAUGACGACCUGCACAGCAAGUUUGUUGUGGGGGGGCCGGGGGGGGCCUCUGGUGCUUGCGAGCUGUCAAAGUGACAGGCUUUUACCUAGAUGUACACGAUAUUGUAGGAUUAUAUACAUAUAUCUCUUGGCGAGGGAUAUCCUUCACAACGUAUAUCUUCGACUUCAGAAAACUUUCUUGAUCUUGUUGUAAUUCAA